AUAAAUGAUAUGUUAUCAUCAUCAACAUUAUCAUCAUCAUCAUCUGGAUCUGAAUCACCAUCAGAUUUAUUACUAAUGGAAAAUUCUAAUAAUGAUAAUAUUAACCUUUAUAAUAAUAAUAAUAAUAAUAACAAUAAUAAUAAUAAUCAACAUAAUAUUGAUCAUCCAGAGAAGAGUCAAGUAAUAUUUGAAUCAACAAAAUUAAGACAUUUCUCGAAUGGUAAUAACAAUAAUAAUAAUAACAAUAAUAAUAAUGAUCACAAUUAUUUUGGAAAACAUGAAAGUAGUCGCCGGAAAUUUCGUUCAGCUGGUAAUAAUACAAUAGGAAAAGCUAAUGUGACAUCAACAUUGUCAUCAUCAUUGACAUCACCAACAUCGUCAUUAUCAUCAGAAUAUAUUAAAAAAACAAAUGAUGAUGUAACAUUAGCUGGAGCCCAAACAACAACAACAACAACGACUCAAACAAUUAUAUCACAACAACAAGCUGUUCAGGGUUUUCGGAUAGAAGGUUUUAGAAUUGAACAUUCAAAAAAAGAAGCUGAAUUUGGUGAUGAUGGUGUACCAGAAGUUUUAAGUGGUUAUGAUAUUGUAUUACGUUUAUUUGGUUAUGGUCUAACCGAUAAUUUAUUAAUAAUAUUUACAACUGAAGAGAAUACAUAUGGUGGAUCAUGUUUAAUACCAUCAACUGGUAGUUUUCGUGUAAUACAAGGUACAUCAACAAAUAAAACAGCUUUAGUUGACGUUACAUUUGAUCGAAGUAGUAAUCAUAAAGAUUUUUUAAUAUGUGCUAAAAUUGAUGAUUCAACUGAAAAUAUUCAAAAUGUUACAAUAGUAAAACCUUUUGUACAUCAAGGCUCUGAAGCAUGGUUAAGAAUAAGAAGUGUUGAAAAAUUAUUACCUUUAUGGGCAUCCAUUAUGAUUAUUGUUGUAUGUUUGACAUUUUCGGCAUUAUUUUCUGGUCUAAAUUUAGGUUUAAUGGCAUUAGAUCGUACUGAAUUGAAGAUACUUCGUAAUACUGGCACUGAUAAAGAACGUGAAUAUGCUAGUAAAAUUCAACCAGUACGUGAUCAUGGUAAUUUUUUACUCUGCAGUAUAUUACUGGGCAAUGUUUUAGUAAAUUCAAUGUUUACGAUAUUAUUGGAUGAUUUAACAUCCGGUCUAGUGGCAGUUAUAUGUUCAACUCUUGCAAUUGUAAUUUUCGGUGAAAUUACACCACAGGCAGUUUGUUCCAGACAUGGUUUAGCAGUUGGUGCUAAAACAAUAUACGUUACAAAAGCAGUAAUGGUUGUAACAUUUCCAUUGUCAUAUCCGACAUCAAAAAUUUUAGAUUAUUUACUAGGUGAAGAAAUCGGUAACGUUUAUAAUCGUGAAAGACUGAAAGAACUUGUUCGAGUUACGAACGAUGUCAAUGAUCUUGAUAAAAAUGAAGUAAAUAUAAUAUCUGGAGCAUUAGAACUUCGUAAAAAAACUGUUAAAGAUGUUAUGACUCAUAUUGAGGAUGCUUUUAUGCUAUCAUUAGAUGCAAUAUUAGAUUUUGAAACAGUUUCAGAAAUAAUGAAAUCUGGUUUUUCUCGUAUACCAGUAUUUGAUGGAGAUCGUAAAAAUAUUGUUACAUUAUUAUAUAUAAAAGAUUUGGCAUUUGUUGAUCCAGAUGAUAAUACACCAUUAAAAACAUUAUGUGAAUUUUAUCAAAAUCCAUGUCAUUUUGUUUUUGAAGAUGUAACAUUAGAUGUUAUGUUUAAUCAAUUUAAAGAAGGUAAUAAAGGUCAUAUGGCAUUUGUACAUCGUGUAAAUAGUGAAGGUGAUGGUGAUCCAUUUUAUGAAACAAUUGGUUUAGUAACAUUAGAAGAUGUUAUUGAAGAAUUAAUACAAGCUGAAAUUAUUGAUGAAACAGAUGUUUUUAUUGAUAAUCGUACAAAACGUAAACGUUUAAAAACAAAAAAACAAGAUUUUACAGUAUUUGCUGAACGUAGAGAAAAUCAAAGAAUACGUAUAUCACCUCAAUUAACAUUAGCUACUUUCCAGUACUUAAGCACUUCGAUUGAUGCCUUUAAGAAGGACACAAUAUCUGAAACGAUAUUGCGCCGUCUUCUUAAUCAGGAUAUCAUAAAGCAUAUUAAGUGUAAAGGCAAAGAAAAAGACGAUCCAUCUUUGUUAAUAUAUGAACAAGGAAAACCCGUUGAUUUCUUUGUACUUAUACUUGAAGGAAGAGUUGAAGUAACUGUUGGUCGAGAAAAUUUAGUAUUUGAAAGUGGUCCAUUUACUUAUUUUGGUACACAAGCAUUAGUUCCAAAUAUUGGAAUAGAAUCACCAAAUCAGCAAUCACAGCAAAUAAUGGGUUCAUUACAAUCACUUAAUAUGGAUGCAUUAUUAAGGCAUUCAUUUGUACCAGAUUAUUCGGUGCGUGCAACAGCUGAUGUUAUUUAUAUAACAAUAAAACGUAGCUUAUAUUUGGCUGCAAAACGUGCAACAUUAUUAGAGAAAUCACAAAAAUUAGGUGUUGAACCAACAAAUGAAGCAAUAGAUGAUGAAGUUGAAAAGCUACUACAUUCCCUUGACGAAGAUGAUCGUUAUACUGCACAUUUUCAAAUUAAUAGAAGAAAUGAUUUAAAUGCAUCCAAUAAAAAUUUAUCAAAUAUGAAUUUACAUGAAAUAUCAACAAAUACAAAUAUUGAUAAUCAUAGUAAACAGGAUAGUAAUUCACAAUCGCCAACAACAUUCCCAUCGGUAAGUAUAACAUUAGUGCGUAAAAAAAAUGAGGAGGGACAAAAAAAUGAUCUUAUAAUGUAUGCUACCAAGGAUUGUUUACCAAAUGGACCAACACCAAUUAGCCCGAAUUCAUUACAGACAUCAUUUAAUCAACAUACAGCAUCAUUACUUGGAUCACAACAAACUAGUAAUAAUAGUAUGGCAGUAGCAUUAUCAAAAUCACCAUCUGGUUGUGGUAAUCCUGGUAAUGCUAAUUUAGCUCAUACUGAUAAUAAUUUAUUAUUACCAUGUUUACAAAUUCAAAAUACUGACGAUUUACCAUAUAAUAAUAGUGAUAAUAACGAUCGAAGUACUAGUUUGAUUAUUGGUGGUAGUAAUAUUGGUAUUGGUGGUGGUAUCAGUGGCAGCAACAGUGGUACUAAUAGAAGAAGUAUUGGUGAAAUUGGAAUAUCAACUAGUUUUAGUAGUAGUAGUGGAUUAGAUGGUGGAAAUUUAUCAGAGAUUAAAGCACGUAAAAGAAGUUUAAAUAUAAAUCAACAGUCACAAAAUAUUAAUAAUAGUAAUAAACAACAAAAAUAUUUAACAAAUCAAUUACAACAACAACAACAACAACAACAAUUACAACAGCCAUCAAAUAUGAUGAAUUUAGAUAAUAGUAGUAAUAAUGCAGCAGAUUCACCAUUAUUAAAAGAUGAAUCAUGUAUUCAAUAUCAACAACAGCAAACAAAUAAUCCAACAAAUAAAAAAAAUUCAAAAUGCUAACGAUUCCUUAAAUUAUUAAUAUCUUUACUAAUUUUUAUUUAAAUUUAAUAAAAAUUUUUUUAAUGAAAAACUAUAUAUUCAAUUAAAUAUUUCAAAUAUUAAGUUAUAAUUAAAAAUCUUAAUUUAAUUUAAAAAUUUCUAAAAGUAUAUAAUAAAAAAAAAAAAAAAAAUUUUGAAUUAAAAA